AUGUCUGGUAAUAAACGAACACUCGAUUCAUUUGUUACUGUUACGAAAAAGGCUUUCAUUACUUCUCCUUCGUCUGAACAAACUGAGUGUGAACAAUCCGAUGCCGAUGAAUCUGAUCUUAUCACUGUUGAUACGACUCAAGCCAAUAAUACUAAUUUGGACGAGGCAAUUGAAAUCGAUUGUACUAACGUUGAUCAGAGCUUGAUUGUUAUGGAUUCUCAUCCAGAAAGUUAUGACAACGAUAUUGGGUACCAACUAUCACAACAUAAUUCACCUGCUAACGAUAUCAAAUAUCAGCUACUGACAGCACCAUUUCGACCUGAUAAUAAAUACAUAUUUUCGAAUCAACGUGAAAAAAAUGUAACUGUUCGUCGAUUCAUGGCUACAUGGUUAACCCAGUACUCAUUUCUUUCUUACUCGCCAUAUUAUGAAGGUGUGUUUUGUUCUGCUUGUGCUCUUUUUUCACCUUUAGUUUCAAAUCAAUCUGCUGUUAUCUUCGUUCACUAUCCAUGUUCUCGAUUCGAACAUUAA